CACGCAGCCUGCUGAAGCUGGAGAGCCGGAGACCCGCGCCCGCCCUUCCUCCCGCAGAGUCAAAGAUGUCCACUGAAGGGCAAAGAGUUGAUGAUAGUCCGAGUACUAGUGGAGGUAGCUCUGAUGGAGACCAGAGGGAAGGCGUUCAACAAGAUCAAGAAAGAGAACAGGUUCAGCCCAAGAAAAAAGAAGGCAAAAUCUCUAGCAAAACAGCUGCUAAACUUUCAACUAGUGCUAAAAGAAUUCAGAAAGAACUUGCAGAAAUUACAUUAGACCCUCCUCCAAACUGUAGUGCUGGACCAAAAGGAGACAACAUUUAUGAAUGGAGAUCAACUAUAUUGGGGCCUCCAGGUUCUGUGUAUGAAGGAGGAGUUUUUUUCCUUGACAUUACAUUCUCGCCAGACUAUCCCUUUAAACCACCUAAGGUUACAUUUCGCACAAGAAUUUAUCACUGUAAUAUUAACAGCCAAGGAGUGAUUUGCUUGGAUAUUUUAAAAGACAACUGGAGUCCAGCAUUAACCAUCUCUAAAGUCCUUCUUUCCAUCUGUUCACUUCUUACAGACUGCAACCCUGCUGACCCGCUGGUUGGAAGUAUUGCGACUCAAUAUAUGACAAACAGAGCAGAGCAUGACAGAAUGGCCAGACAGUGGACCAAGAGAUACGCUACAUAGGAAUCUGCUGUAGAACAUGCUGGACCUGUGCAAGCACAUUCACUAAGUGCAUCAAUAGCCCUUCCCUUUCCUUAUUUUUAUUACAAGCAUUUUGUGACAAAAGUUGACUCUCCUUCUCCUCCCCCCCCCCUUUAUUUUUAUUCUUUUUAUUUUAUUUUUCUGUUCAACUUGAAAAUUUUAAUCUCUAAAAUAUAGACUGGGAAUUUUGGGUUACAGUGCAAGGAAUGUUGGAUCUGUAAUAGUAUAGAGCUUUGUCACAAAGCUUUGUAUUAAUGUAUUUUUUUUUCUUUUUUGUGGUCUUUGGGGAAAAAGCAAGCAAACAAACUCAGAACUAUAUCUUGUUUCUACUUAAAUGUAGUGUUUAGGGUUAUUUUUUUGUACGGAAGUCUCUAAUGGUGGGUGCAUGUUACUGGGAACAGGUUUUGUAUAAAAAGCAUAAAAUCAAGAAUCACUGUGCAUUACUAAGACUGUGUUUUAACACUAGCCUUCUGUUUCCCAAACACAGGGCUAUUGGGUUGAACAAAACAAUAUGUAUUUUGAUUUACUUAAAAGAAAAGUGCUUGUAAAUUUCUUAGGGACCUGCCACUUUUGACUGUGGAUCAGUUGAUGUACACUUGUAUUAUUAAAUCACUCAAUAAAAACACUGUGGCUGAUAA